CGUCCACGCCUCACGAGCUUACUGUCAAAUAUUUUACUUUAGAAUAAUAAUAUUUUUAUAGUGUUAAAUACGUUCUGUUAUAGUGUUGUGAUUUAAAAUGAAAUUAUUUAUAUCCAUUUUUAUAUUUUGUCUAUUUGCGUUUGAAAUUUGUUUGGGUAAUCCGGACGCGAAAAGGCUUUAUGAUGAUUUAUUGAGCAAUUACAAUAGACUUAUUCGUCCUGUAGACAAGAAUAAUAAUACGGUGUUGGUGAAACUGGGCCUGAGGUUAUCACAACUAAUUGAUUUGAACCUAAAGGAUCAGAUCUUAACGACCAACGUUUGGCUGGAACACGAAUGGGAAGAUCACAAAUUCAAAUGGGACCCUCUGGAAUACGGUGGUGUGAAGGAGCUUUAUGUUCCGUCGGAGCACAUUUGGCUGCCAGAUAUAGUGCUGUAUAACAACGCUGAUGGUGAAUACGUUGUGACGACGAUGACAAAGGCUGUGCUGCAUCACACUGGCAAGGUGCUGUGGACUCCUCCCGCCAUAUUCAAGUCGUCGUGCGAGAUCGACGUGCGCUACUUCCCCUUUGAUCAGCAGACGUGUUUCUUGAAGUUCGGCUCCUGGAGUUACGAUGGAGAUCAGAUUGAUCUCAAGCAUAUUAACCAGAAAAAAGGUGACAUGGUCGAGGUUGGUAUAGACCUGAGGGAGUACUAUCCUUCUGUAGAGUGGGAUAUACUUGGUGUACCAGCUGAGAGGCACGAAAGAUAUUAUCCAUGCUGCCAAGAACCCUACCCUGAUAUUUUCUUCAACAUCACACUCCGCCGCAAAACGCUUUUCUACACAGUGAAUCUAAUAGUCCCGUGUGUUGGAAUAUCAUAUCUAUCAGUCCUCGUGUUUUACUUGCCAGCUGAUUCUGGCGAGAAGAUUGCUUUGAGCAUUUCCAUCCUCCUCUCACAAACCAUGUUCUUUUUGCUGAUAUCAGAAAUUAUACCUUCGACUUCUUUAGCCCUGCCCUUAUUGGGAAAGUACCUACUCUUUACAAUGUUACUGGUUGGGCUAUCUGUUGUCAUAACGAUUAUAAUAUUGAAUGUACACUAUCGAAAGCCAAGUACUCAUGAAAUGGCGCCGUGGGUGAGGUCAUUCUUUAUUACAAUGUUACCCAAGUUGCUACUGAUGCGGGUACCUAAAGAUUUGCUCAGAGACUUAGCGGCGCAGAAAAUACUUGGCCGAAAUAAAAAGCAACAGGACAAAUUGAAAGAUGCUUUAGCUGCUGUGGAAAGGACUAAUUCCAAUGUGUCAAGCCCUGAUUCUCUGCGUCAUCAUUUGCCUGGUGGUUGUAAUGGACUACAUUCUACUACAGCGACCAACAGGUUCAGCGGACUUGUCGGUGCUUUAGGGAGUCUUGGAGCUGGAUACAAUGGGCUACCGUCUGUGAUGUCAGGUCUGGAUGAUUCACUCAGCGAUGUGACACCAAGAAAGAAGUAUCCGUUUGAACUAGAGAAGGCUAUUCACAAUGUUAUGUUUAUUCAACACCACAUGCAGAGACAGGAUGAAUUCAAUGCGGAGGAUCAGGACUGGGGUUUCGUGGCAAUGGUUCUAGACAGGCUGUUCUUAUGGAUUUUCACUAUUGCUUCCAUUGUCGGUACUUUCGCUAUACUUUGUGAAGCCCCAUCUUUGUACGACGACACCAAACCAAUCGAUAUGGUGCUAUCCUCUGUUGCCCAACAACAGUUCUUGCCGGUUGAAAGUGGAGAUUCUUAAAUCUGCUGUUGCAUGAUGUCAUAGCGAUGAAUAACUUAGCAGUUUGGUAAUCUAUUCGCUCACAGAAAAUACCAUCGUUAAUUAUACAGAUGCAAAAGUUCGUUUUGAAAUAAGCUACCUCUUUGAACUUAUUCUUCUUAUUAAAAAAUUAAAAUCGCAAUCGAAUACAAAUUUAAAUUACGUCUAUUAUUUUGUUAUUAUUAUAAUACGCGUAAAUCCAAAUAAUUUAAAAACUACGAUAAUACUUAUUAUAAAUGUUCCAACUCUUAAGAUUUUCUUCAUUCUGAUAUUUAAUAAUGGAAAACACGCUUUUCCUCCUCAUCAUAAUGAAAUCAAAAGAACCAAAGAACAUUAAUAAUCCUCCGCCAAGUCAUUAAUUAAAUAAAAAAUCGACAGCUUCCUUUGAAAGAUAAGCACAAACUUUGUUCGAAUUAAUUAAUUCUUUCUUGUAUGAUGAGUACAGGCAAAAUGUUUUGAAAACUUUAGAAGAUUCGCAUUGAGAUUUCCUUAAAAGGCAUUCUUGGAUUAAUUGUAACAUUGUUCUGCGUUUUAUGGAACUCAUUUGAAGAUUUUUUCUGGGCGAAAAGUAAGAUAGUGUCGGCUUUUAAAAUCUCUAUUUCAAUUAAUAAUGUGGUUGUUAUAUUAAGCCAAAUUAAUAUUUAGGUAUAUUGGCUGUGUUAGAAGUUAAAUGUAUGCAUAAAAAUAUUUCAGGAUAUGAUAAUAAAAUAAGCUUGAAAUAUUAUUUCAAAACUAUGACAAUAGAUUUCCACGAUGAUCGGUCCAUGUGGUCACCAACACUGCGUCUUCCGGUACGUGGACUUCACUGCCCCAACGGCCAUCUGUCCGUCGAACUGUGUCCUGCCCACUGCCACUUCAGUUACGCAUUCAUUAAUAAGUUAUAAUAUAUAAUCUCCUCAUUUCUGAUUAGAGCUCGCAGGAAAACUCCGAGCAUAGCCCUCUGAGCGACCAUGAGCUUUCUCAUAAGGCCUAUAGUUAGCGACCACGUCUGCGUACCGUAAGUCAUUACUGGCUUGAAAACUAUCGUCUUAAGACAUUGUGGUAUAUCAAUAACUCAAUCAAUAAAAUAUAACAAAAUGCGAUCACAUAAUGUUAUAAAGUACUUCCAAAUAUAUUAAUAAUAACUAUAUUGUAGCUCAUUGUAUCAAUUUCUUAAGUCUUAAUAUUAUAAUUUCACGAAAAGGUGACUAGAAUAACUGUUUAGGAUAGUUUUUACUUAACUUGAUAAGGUUUGAUGGAUCCAAGCAUUAAAGUAAAUCCAAACAGUAUUAAGCUGAAAUGUUUUUGUUCGCUGUUAUGUUGUAGCUGUGAACUGUAUUUGAAUUUUCUAAAUUUUAAAUACGCAAAGUUUUUCUUAGAGCCAAAGUUAACGAGCCAUUUCAAAUUAUAAUAAGAUAUAUUUAAUGAGGUGGUAUUACAUUUUUUCUAAUCAUAAGAAACGAAUAGUUCUAGGACAUUAUGUGUAUUUCUUUAGUUAACGUUAUUAUUAUUUCUGUUUUGUCAUCAUGCAAAAUGCGUAUCCUUACACUACGAUUUCAUCUUAUGUGAAGGGACUAACGGGCAAUUGGCUAGCAAUUAAAAUAAAUAUCACUGUCAAAUUCUAUUUGCAAUACUAGAAGUUGGGACCGUAUGGAUAUGUUAUUUUGUAAUAUGUCAAAGACUUCCAAUAUACUAGCGUAAAGACGAACAAAGCAUGCAAGAGAAGAACAUUUCUAACGGAGACACAGGAAGAUAGACAAGUAACCGAUUUUGAUUGACACGCUGUAAAAAGUCGGCCACGAUGGCAUUAGCUCCUUAGUGUUUUGAAAAUUUAAUUAUUUAACAACUAGCUGACGCACACAUUGAUAAAUCUAAAUUUGUCACGAAUUGUCUGGCUGUCAGGUUGUCUAUGUGCUAGUAUAUUGUGAGCCUUAUGAUGUACGUAGUUCCAUUAGCUGGCACGGUACAUAUUUUUGAGGGAAGAACUUUAAUUAUUUACUUAGUUUUUAUGUUUAAGGCUAAGGUUUAUUAUUAUUAUAUACUAUUCGUUGUUAUAUCUGGCCCUAGAGACGCAUUACCCAGAUCGGGAAUACAGUAGUUGGCAGCUAUUUCCACAAAGUGGCUGCGCGAGGCAAGAACUUAUAAGUACCUACAACAACAACUGUGUCAACAACUAUGUCUCUGCUGAGCUGCAGUUCUUUCGAACAUUAAAUUAUUCAGUGGCAUUUGAUUAGGUAUUUGGAAAUUUGAAAAUUGUAAUUAAGAUUAAUAAUUAGUAUUAUUUAAGUCUUCCUUGUAUGUGUCAAGUAUCGGCAUUUAUAAUUAUUAUAACUGUUUACAAUUUAAUUAAAAUAUGUGAUAGAA